CAUUCACGACACGCAUCUCCGUCAACGACAAGCAUCUCAAUCUUGGCAGCACGAGAAAAAAUGUUGCUUUUCACUUAAUUUCGAGCACGACGACGACAACGACGACGAGGAUUGACUUAGAAAUCUUCUGUUUUUUGUCGUUCUUAUAGAUCAUGCUUUUCAGAUCACCAUUCACUGUCGAAUUUCUGUCGAAGAAGCAAUGACAAAGAACAACGCGAGUUUGUUAUAACAAGCAGGGGCGCCCAGAUUAGGAUUUCAUCAUUAUUUUUUGUACUCUUACGUUUUUUGUUGUAUUUGUUGUUAUUUGUCUCUCUCUCACCCCAUCUUCGCAUAAUUGAAGCGCUCUGAGUGACGGUAAUGGUCAAGGAAAAGCCAAAUUCCGUUCGUAUCUACGAUGAAGAUGGAUAUCGUCGACGUGCCGCUUGCAUCUGUGUGCGCUCUGAUGCCGAAGCAGAAGUGCUGCUCGUAACAUCAUCUCGCCGUCCCGAAUUGUGGAUCGUGCCCGGCGGAGGCGUCGAACCUGAAGAAGAGUCGUCAGCAACCGCUGUUCGCGAAGUUUUAGAAGAAGCCGGCGUCGUUGGUAAACUCGGGCGAUGUUUAGGAAUGUUUGAAAACCACGAGCAUAAACACAGGACCGAAGUGUUCGUCCUUGUUGUCACGAAGGAGCUCGAGGAAUGGGAAGACUCCAAAACGAUCGGGCGCAAACGACAAUGGUUCACAAUUGAGGCGGCACUCUCCGAAUUGGCACUUCACAAACCGACGCAACGCAGCUACUUGCAACAACUGAAACUUUCGAAGCAGGAAGAAUGCGACAGCAACACGUGCAAUUCUGUAAACUCUGACGAAAGUGGUUCUAAAAGAAACAACAACGACACAGAUAGCAACUGACUAAGACUAAGGCAUUUAAUUAAAAACUAACAAGAAAAAAAGAAGUAAAAAUGAAAAUUUGAGAAUUUGCUUUAAAAAAGAAAAGAAAAAAAGAAAGAUUUUAAUUGUUUAAAAAUUUAUCAUUAUUAUUAUUAAAAAAAUAUAAUUUAAAAAAAAAUUUCUUUCUUGAAUUACAAAAAAAACCUUCAUGCAAAUCAUUUACCGAUAAAGAGAAAAGAAAAAAAAUAAAAUUAAUUAAGAUCUAUAUACUUACUACAUGUACGUUUUUAGAGGUAACAACAACGGAAAAAAAUACUUUUUUAUAUAUUUAUACGUGUAACUUCUUUCCUUGAAAUGGAACUAAAAAAAAAUUAUAAAAAUAAAAUAAUAAAAUUAUCAUCGUCGUAAGUAUAUUUCAAUUUCGCU